AUGAUGGGAUCAUCGGCGUUGGUGGAGCAGGAGAGCGAAACUGCCAUGCACGCCCGAGUUGAACUGCUGCAGCGGGAGCUCCUUAGGAAGCAGUCGGAAAUUGACUCUUUCCGUGCCCUCUCAGCAGAGAACAAGUACCUGCGAGAAAAGCUCAUGGCGCUCCAGGACCGGGUGCAUCUGCUGACGGCAAACUGGACAGAGCCCGCCACUGGCGAUGGCAUCUCACUCCGGGCACAGCUUCUGGUGUACCAGCGGCACAGCCGUGUGCUUCAGGACGAACUGGAUCGCAAGGAAGAGUCCAUCGCUGAGCUGCGUGGGCAAGUAGAGCAGGCGGAGGAUGAACUCGUUGCUUCUAAACGACGCUGCGGCAUUCUUUUUGAACGCCUCUGUGCGGUUGGUGCAGUAUCGCCCGCCAACAACAACGAGGAGGCAGUGAACGGUGGAAUGUUGGGGUCGGGCGUUAUGGAUGAAGACGACCCAACGAGUUUUUUCUCACUUGUCCGCAAGCUCCACGGGGUUGAGAUGGAACGGGACCUGCUGCAGGAGAAGUUUCUUUCCCUCCAAGAGGACCACGAAAGACGGGGGGUUCUUGUCACGUCGAUGCGGCGUGAAAACGCCGCACUUCGUGCCUCUGUCUCGAAGCUCAUACGGCAUGUGCAGCUAGGGAGCGCCAUGGAGAAUGGUACAACCGUGCCACCAACGACGGCUGUGGAGGGACGGGAUGACGUUGCUGUCGAUGCCCGUCGAAAAUUGUUGGCGUACCACGCACAGAAAGAAGUGAAAAGGACUGAGGCCACCCCCUCUGAUGCGCAGGGCGGAUGA